UGAACACCAGAAAGGUAGGAUGUGUGUAAAGGCCCUAUUCAUCGAAAUGGUACGGGCCAAUUUUGUGAAACACGUGACAUGUCGGAUGGGCUGGGUUACAACCAAAUGUAUUGAGAAACAUGGCCGAAAAGAAUAAAGAUAAGAGUGAGGAGACCUUUGAAGUCAUGGACGUAGUAGAGUAUGCCAAGAAACAGAGAUGGUGGAACAAAAUAUUUGGCGAGAACUCUGGGCCCGUAGCAGAGAAGUAUAAUGUUGCCACCCAGCUUGCCAUUGGUGGAGUGUCUGGCUGGUGUGCAGGGUAUUUGUUCCAGAAAGUUGGGAAGCUGGCAGCUUCGGCAGUGGGUGGAGGCUUCUUUUUCCUUCAGAUUGCCAAUCACACAGGAUACAUCAAAGUGGACUGGAAGAGGGUGGAGCGUGAUGUAAACAAUGCCAAGAAGCAGCUGAAGUUGAAUACAGAAAAGCCCACUAAGGAAGUCAGGACAAAAGUGGAUGAGGUGCAGACAUUUGUGAAGAAGAAUAUUAUCCUCACAGGAGGUUUUGCUGGGGGAUUUCUGCUGGGCUUGGCCUCUUAAGAGCCUCUCAUUUCGGUCUUUACUUAAUAUUUUUUGUCUCAUACAAGGCUGAAAACAGCUUAAACCUAAGCAGCUAUCUAGAUAUGUAAGUAGACUCCAUUGAUAUCAUAUGUCAAGCAAAUUCAUAGGCUUGGUGGGUUUUUGGGCAUGUGUCAAUUUGAAAACAGCCUUUUAGAUACUAUGUCUGUGGUUAAAGUUUAUGCAUGGUCUAUGCACAUAUGGCAGGAGCAUUGGCUUUAGUUUUUCUAUGGGUUGUUUUGGUAUGGUACUUAUUUGAGAGAUUGUUCAGAUCCACUUCAAUAGUUUUAUCUGUAUGCAUUCAGAUGGAACUCAGGGUUCUCCCCAGGAAUUUUUUAAAACAAGGUGUUUCUGCUGAGUAUGGCUGGGGGGUGGCCCGGAGGGGUGUAGUGCCCCCCUUUGGACUCAGUUUAUUUAUUUAUUUAUGACGCACCUCUAACUGCCAUUUCCUGCAAUCUAGAGAAAAAAUGGCCUAUGAUACAUAGUGGAGCAGCGCCUCUUACAUUCUUUGGGGAGAACCCUAGAACUGGAGCAAAGCCCUUUAACGUGUUUUGUAACAUCCUUCAUUUUCUAAGUUAAGAUCAACAAGGUUGUUAUGUGUUUAAAUGUUACUUCAAACCGAAGGGUUUGAGUUAAAAGCAUGUACAUGUAUGAGUAAAUAUUGUAUGACAGGACUAGGCCACAGUAACGCAGGUUUGAAUGGUAUUUGAAGUUAUAUUCUUACCUGAAAAUCAGUGACAUUUCAAAGUAUAACUCAAAGAAAAUCAUGGGUGCAUAUUAACCGUCCCCAAUAGUAUUGACUUAUUUACCAGUGCAGGAGGUUGCGUGUGAAGUAUUUAUUUGAGACCAAGGAGUGAGACGGCAAGACUGGACAUAUGAUUUGGCUUUCUAAUUCCCUCCUUAAGAGUGAGGCGUGUCGUGUGUAAGUACAGGCUGUGCGCAUUAUCAAAAACUAGGGUGUAUUCAUUAUUUGGAUUCUGUUGUAAAAUGUAGUGCAACGGAACCUGUUUACUCCAAACGGAAAAUGUUUUGCAGUGAAAACAAGUUUGUUCUUUCUGAAAAAUUCAGGUAGGUUCUGUUUGCUUCCUCGUAAAUGUUUUUUUGUUGCAGAGCUUUUUGCAAUAGACCAAACAUUUUACAAUAAUCAGGCUAAUGAAUACACCCUUGCCUAGCUUCUGUUUCACAAACAACUAUGGACAAUUAUGAAUGUAAUACAUGGAAGAUAUCAAUAGCCCUUUGUAUGGAACAUAUGGGAUGACAAAUACACUGAUAGAAAUUAGUUUCCUCUAAUUAUUUCUCCAAUGUUUGUUAUUCUCAAUGCAACCCUUGCCUAAGUACUUAGCAUUAGAAAAGUGUAAAAUGUGCUGUCAAAAGCUUUAAUAGUAUUUUUCACUGUUAAAAUGCAAUAUUUUGUUACAAGCAAAAUGUAUCAUUCUGGGAGAAGUAAUCAAGUGAAUUGUCUUUUAGAAUGAUUUUGUUUGAGUUUUACUGACUGCGUCCUCCUAGGAUAAUUGACUGUCAAUAUAAACAACUCUAUUACAUUACAACACGGAUGGGCAACUCCAGUCCUCGGGGCCUGAGUGGUGUCACACAUUUACCCCGGCUAACACAACUGUGACACCAAUCAACUAAUCAUGAUCUUCAGUUAAAAAUGUAAUUAGUUUAAUCAGCUGUGUUUGUGAGGAAUGGGUUAAGUGUGUCAGCACUCCGGCCUCCAAAGACGGGUGUUGCCAAUCCCUGCAUUAGAAGCAUUGUCAUUAUAUUCUACAGUUUCAAGUGUCCGCAAUCAUGUCAGGAUGCAGUGGGGCAUUUAGGCUCUGUUGACUUCUGUUCCCUCACAAACCCUAAACUGUGGCACACUCCAUAUAUAAACUCCCAGUAAAUUAUUGGGUAUUUACCAACA